GCGCAAAAGCUCUGCCGCCGAGCCUCAAAGAAGCCAAAGAAAAUAAACAACACAAAGACGAAGUGAAAAGAUUGUACCACAAUAAAACAUAAUACACAGUAAUUCACAAAUGCGGGCAGUUAUCAACUGCAGUUCCGCACGAGAAGAUCCGCGAUCAGACGUAGCUUUCGGUUAAAGAGUUGAACUAACUAGGCCUGUGGAAAUAUGGAUGUAUUAGAUGACGACGACAAGUACAGCGAGCAGCUUAUUCUGGUGCAACAGAAUCUACGCACGUUGCCCCCUGAGGUGGUGCAGCGCUAUGCGGAGAUUACGGAGCACUUGGAUUUGAGUCACAAUUGUCUCAAGGAUCUCUCCUGGCUGGCCGAGUUUGAGCAGUUGCGUUAUCUGGUGCUGGAUUGCAAUCGCUUGCACGAGUCACAGCUGCGCACCUUGACGGUGCCGCUGCCACAGCUGGAGGUGCUCAUGUUGAACAAAAAUGAGUUCAGUGAUCUGACAGCAACAAUCCGGCUUAUCAGGCGACUCUUUCCCAACAUACAGUACCUAAGCCUCCAUGGCAAUCCCAUUUGCCCGGACGGCCUCCACUUGCAGCCCUUCUCCAGCUACUUGGACUACGAUUACGCAUACUACAGCAAUUUUAUCGCACAAUCGCUUCACAAGUUGAAAUUCCUUGAUCAUGCACUGGUUAAACGUUCCUUCACCUAUGAGAGCUUCCCCAUCAAGCGAUACGGCAGAGCUGACAAUUCACCUGUGAGCACAACAAGACUCUGAGCAAUAGAAAUGGAAAAAUACCUAAUUUGCUGGACCUAACUGAUAAAAUCUCAAUAUUACAAUUCAUAUGCAUACCUGUAUUUUUAUAACACUCAAAAGCUCUUAGUUUCGACAAGCACCCAUUAUUUUUGAUGAAAGCCCAAACUGUGAAGCUUUUUUGGCACGCGAACAGACGCAUAAAGCAUAAAGCACAAAAAAUAUUAAAGCAAACUAAUAAAUACCUCGCAAAAUUGUGGAAAUUAUAAUAAAAUAAA